CAAUUAGCUGAAGCCUAUAAAUAUCAGCUUUUUCAUUCCUUGUAGGUAUGUCAGUUUUUUCCCACCAUAUAUUGGCCAGGUGUUUUUGUAUCUAGGACGCCAGCAAUGACAUUUCCAUAUACCAAUUGCACCACAACCACUUUGAACCGUCUCCAAAUUACGCCUUUAGAGACAUCGCAUGAAGUCUCAGAGACACCCUCCCUAGCGGAAACCAAAAUUGCAAAGGUUCAUCUUCCAACAGCAAUUCCGGCUCUUGAUGUUUCUCCAACUGCCUUUACCCUCACUAAAGAGGAAGCUACGCCUGAUGCUGUUAUGGAGCUCUUGAGAAAGUAUGGUAUCUGUACAAUCAAGAAACUUUUUGAUGCCUCUGAAAUUGACAGCAUUAACGAAGAGCUGGACCCACUAUUUGAGCUGAAAAAAAAUGACCCAAGACUUUUUCCUAAAGAAACUAUUCGAGUUACGAACACUGUUUCUAAAUCUCCAAUCGUUGUCAACAAGAUCUUGUCACACCCGCUGAACUUAGCGGUUGCUCACAAAGCUUUGGAUCAAGCAAAUGCAUUUUGGAUUGGAAACAACAUCAAUAUUGGUACUUGUCCAGCAAUUGUUAGUAGCUCAAUUGCCUUUCAAAUUUCUCCAAACGCAGCCUGUCAAGCUUUGCAUAGGGACGACCAGUCGGAUCAUAAUAUCAGAUACCCUCAAACCUAUGAAAGCUUCAGCUUUAAUUCUGAGUCCCAGAUUGGGUUUUCUGUUGCACUAACCAAAACUACUAGACAAAAUGGUGCUACAAGAAUAAUUCCUGGUUCUCAUUUAUGGGAUCAUCUUCAGAAGCCCAAUGAAGAGGAUUGUAUUUACAAUGAAAUGGAGAAAGGUGACGCGACUUUCAUGCUUGCUUCCGUUCUGCAUUCUGCCUCUUCAAACUUAACUAAGGAUGAAGUUAGGAGAAUUCUCAUUCUUUUCAUGGGUAGAGGUAUAUACAGGCAAAAGGAGAAUAUCUUUUUCAAUGCGGAUCUAGAGUAUUUCAAGCAGUUCUCAGUAGAGCAGUUAAGAAGGCUGGGAUUUGCUAUGAGUGAACCAUAUGGAAACAUGGUUGAGCUACAAGACCCUUUGGUCAAAAUAAAGGAGGGUUACAGAAGAACUACCAACUAUUCCGAUAUUUGUAGAGUUAAUUCUCAAUAUGAGUGACUAGGUGGUUUACGAAUCUUAUCUUGAAAGAUAUUAUAUGUUUAGAUCUAAAUAGCUGUCUAAGUUUUAAUAGAGGCAAAAAGUCUGAUAACAUCAACGACGGAUUUU